AUGCUAUUACGAAAAGAGCUGAUCAACAGCCAACACGGUGACUGGGAAGAGAUGUUGGGCGACUUUUGUUUCGCGUAUCAUUCGUCCGUUCACUCAUCCACUCAAGAGACUCCCUUCUUUUUACUAUACGGUCGCGAUCCCAACGUUUCGAUCCAUAAUUUACUAGGCGCAAUCCCUCGAUCUAAAUUUCCUGCUUCAGACUUUGUCAGUCUACGGAUGGAAUCUCUUAGUAACGCUUUCCAACGUACUAAGGAAGAAAAUUCGAAAGCUAGAGAACAGCAAAGGGAGCAACACAACAAACGCGCGACGGCGUUGCGUUAUCAGGUGGGCGAUAGAGUCCUACUCGAUGUUAGAGUCCGUACGAAGGAAGAAAAUAAGAAAUUUCUUUUCGAAAUAUCGGGGACCAUUCAGAGUGUCUAG